UGACAUUAUUUCCGACAGUACCUGAAUGCAGCACUCCGGCUGCUGGGAAAUAGAAACCGAAAGAGUGAAGCGGUGACUUCACAACCCGGGUCGGUGUCUGGAGAUUACUUUCACGAUGUCUUCAGAUGAGGGGCCGUCUUCGUUGUCAGAGGUCACAAAGACGUCCAAGGACAGUUUGGAGGAGAUCAAGACUUCAAUCAGCAACUACAAGAUGAAACACAAACAGCUGAUCCUGGACCAGCAGGAGCUGGCUGCCUGCAGGGACGACCAGCUGGACAUGACUGCAAAGUGCAAGCAGCGCUCCAAAAAACUGACCCAGGAUCUGAACGAGGUCUAUUGCUCCAACGAAGAGCAGAUUGGAAAAGAAAAGGCGAAGGUGAUCGAGAUGAAGGAGAAGGAGAACGAGUUGAUGGAGGAAAUCCGGAGAGUUCAGGACGCUCUGAAGAUGGAAGAGGUCAACAACGACCAUCUGCAGCAGCAGGCCAACCUGUUCACCGCCGUCCCAGAGAGGCCGGUGGUCUUCACGGGCGCGACGGGACUCCUGGCCGACGCGUUUGACAUGAAGCCGCGUGUCGUCUACCCGAUGGAGGGCGGCACCGUCCUCGUCACCUUCGAGGAGGAAGUCGUGGCCAAUAAGAUCCUGGACAUAAAGAAGCAUCGGGUGGCUCUGGGCUCAGACUGCAGCAUCGUCGUGGAGGCAAGGCCAGUGCAGCUGAUGCUGCCCAGGCUGGUGGAGAUCGACACUGAGGUGAGUCCUCGGCACGUGUUGAUCUCCAACCUGCCCGACAUGGACACGGACACGCUGCUGAGCAAGCUGGAGAUCCACUUCUCCAAGAAGAAGCACGGCGGCGGGGAGGUGGACACCUGUGAACUGCUGCCGGACUCUCGGAACGUGGUCAUCGCCUUCGUGGAGAAACACAUUGCCAGACGUUUGACGGAUAAAGAGCACCAUGAGGUGUCGCUACCGCAGAAGAAGCACAAAGUCAGGGUGACGCCUUUCCUCAACGGAAAGAUUACAAACUUAGAGACCAAGAUGACGGUUUGUCCUCGGACGGUACAGCUGACGGGAAUACCCAACGUCAUGGAGCGGGACGUCAUGCAGGACCUGCUGGAAAUCCACUUCCAGAAAAGCAUCAACGGCGGCGGAGAGGUGGAACACUUCCUCUACAACCCGCUGGGCCGGCACACCUCGGCCGUGUUCGGGGGCGCCGACUUUAAGGAGGACUAAGACACUUACGGGACCCGCCCUGCGCCACGAGUACUUCUUAUUUUCUAUGUUUCCAAACCUUUUCGUGAUGAGAGUUCAUAUAAUUUAGUACAAAGUAAUGUGUAAAACAAAUCUCAAACUCCUGUCGCUACUGGUGAUAUCAAGAAAGUAUGGGGUUUAUUUGGUCUAGUUAUUAUUAUGGCAAAUAUAAUGGUGCAAUAAGGAAUCAUUCAUCUUUAAGCAGCGUUAACCCCACAAUUGCAAUUAAUUCCUUUAUACCAAAGUCCUGGAAAUUAUUAAAGUUAAACAAAUAAAAUAAUUCAAAGAUU